AUGAAUCGCAUACUUCAAGUUUCCGCGGCCCUACUCGCUACUCUCCCAUCCGUGAUGGCAGGUACUUGCUAUGCCGUCGGUUAUGUCAACAUGAACACAGCAGGUGGCGGAAUAGGCGGCGGUGGCGGAAUAGGCGACGGUGGCGGAAUAGGCGACGGUGCCGUCUUAACCGUCAUGGGAAUUCAAAUCUAUGACCCGGACAACCGACAAAUCGCAUCGUGGCAGCCGCGUCUUAACUCCGACGAUCCCAGCGUCUGUGGAUAA